GAUACAAAACAGGUCUGGGCUACAAAAGUAUGGCAGCUGCUGAGGCGGGGGUGGUAUCGUCGUCAUCCUUGAAACCAGACACAGCCCCAGUCCCCAAAAGUGCAGGAAUGGCUGCAGCCACGGCCGCCACAUCCUCAGCGAUGGCUGCAGCCGCGGCGGUUGCGUCCAGGAGCGGAUCCGAAGCCAGGGUCUCCAAGCCCGCGUUGGCUACUAAGCUGCUGUCCCUGAGCGGCGUGUUCGCCGUGCACAAGCCCAAAGGGCCCACUUCAGCCGAGCUGCUGAAUCGGCUGAAGGAGAAGCUGCUGGCAGAAGCUGGAAUGCCUUCUCCAGAAUGGACCAAGAAAAAGCAGACUUUGAAAAUUGGGCAUGGAGGGACCCUAGACAGUGCAGCCCGAGGAGUCCUGGUGGUUGGAAUUGGAAGGGGAACAAAACUGUUGACCAGUAUGUUGUCAGGGUCCAAGAGGUAUAUUGCCACUGGCGAACUGGGGAAAGCUACUGACACGCUAGAUUCUACAGGGAAAGUAACAGAAGAAAAACCUUACGAUAAAAUAACACAGGAAGAUAUUGAAGGCAUUCUACAGAAAUUUACUGGGAAUAUAAUGCAAGUACCUCCCCUCUAUUCUGCAUUAAAGAAAGAUGGACAGAGACUUUCAACUUUGAUGAAGAGAGGUGAAGUAGUAGAAGCAAAACCUGCCAGGCCAGUUACCGUGUACAGUCUUUCCCUUCAAAAAUUCCAGCCACCAUUUUUCACAUUAGAUGUUGAAUGUGGAGGAGGUUUUUAUAUCAGAAGCUUGGUCAGUGACAUUGGCAAAGAACUGUCUUCCUGUGCCAAUGUGCUGGAGCUGACCCGAACCAAACAGGGACCCUUUACCCUGGAGGAGCAUGCCCUUCCCGAAGACAGAUGGACAAUUGAUGACAUUGCACAGUCUCUCGAGCAGUGCUCAUCCCUUCUCCCAGCAGAGAUGGCACUUAAAAAGUCAAAACCUGAGGAGUCUAGUGAGCAAGUUUUGAGCUGUGAGUACAUAACUCUAAGUGAGAUAAAGGGAGAAGAUGAUGUAAUUAAGACAUUUUAAGUUUGGCUUGGGAUUGUCUUCAUUUCCUGGUUGAUAUUUGAAUCCUGUGUGCAGAAUGACAAGCUGUGUGCCAAGACAAACGAUUCUUUUUUUUUUUUUUGCAUGAAGAAAAAUGUCCAUCAUUUAUGGUUUCUACGGUGCACAAUUUAUGUGCUGUACAUUAUAAAUAGCCUUGCAGUUGUUCAGUUCUUGCUGUACUAUAGAAUGUUCUUCUAGGAUGUUAUGUUGUUGUUAGAUUGGAUUCAGGAAAAUCAACUUUCUGAUUUUGAUCUCUCAUCAAAGUCUUUUCCUGUGAAAAAGUUGACCACAUUUUCUAAUCAGAGGAAAAAAAAUGAGCUAAAUGUUUCUUUGGUGUGACAAAGUGAAUGUAUAUUAGUUUCUUUGGCUUUAUUUUGGCUUCCUCGUGACUCUGGUUAUUGAAAUUCCUUAACUAUGUUGGAAAAAGCCAUUAUUUAACUCAUGUUUUAGAGAGUUUAUGAUUAUUAAGAACAUUUCUUUGAUAAGGCUGCACCUAUCUUGGUAAUAGCUGUGUUUGUUUAGAUCUUAGAAGCUAAUAAACUUCUAUCGUAAAUAUUUGUAGAUGAACCAAAUUAUUGCUGCUACCACUAAUGGAAUGUAAAUAGAAGACUAAAUGUUUAAUUAAAUUCACCUCUACUCUCCCAUUAGCAGGACAGCUCCUAUGGCUUAUGUUUUGGCAGCUAUGAGAUAGUUUCCUGGUAAUUUAAUCAAUAUAGUCGACCACCCUGUACCAAUUUACUAAAUAACCUAAUUAAAAAAAAUUAAGCUAAAGAAUGCCUUCAAUGAAAAACUUCUUUUCUUUAUUCUUUAGUACUUAUUUAUACAUCUUUAUAGGGUAUUAAUCCCCAUGAUAUUUUGCUUUCAAUUUGCUCUUUCAAGUGAUGUUUAUAGAUGCUGAGAUUGCUGCCCUGCAUUUCCAGUUAAUCCCUUCUGCUCUAAAUGUUUAAAAACAGUUAUUCUCAAACGUUUUCAUUCAGGUAGCCUACUGAAAGUUCCCUGUCCCUCUUUACCAUAGUUUUGAAAACAGUCAUGUUCUGAAAUAGUAAAGUUCAUAUGUAAUGAGUGCUUCAUAUUUUUGUUAUAGGAAAGCAAUAUAUAAUGCAGCAUCUGUAGAAAUUUUCAAAUCCCGCUGCAUUUAUCCAAAUAAAUAGUUUCAAAAGGAAGACUUGUUAAAUUUUUCAUCAUAUAAGAGUUUUUACAUUUUUAUGGAUUGUCUUUCUUUUAAAGGUGGUUGCUUUGCAACCUCUAACUUAUAAAUUUUAAAUAUGUAGACAAACGUGAUCUUAUUUGUGGUUAACCUAAUAUAAACUCAGUAUAAAAAGUUAUAUGCUUCAAUAGAGCACUUUCAGCGUAUUGGCAACAUUUUUCAAGUGGAAAUGGAAAUAUUAAAACAUUCUUAGUAUGACACAGAAAAUUAUAAAGAAGAGUUAAUUAUCAUAAUGCCUUAAAUAAAACACCAAACACACAAAGUUGUAACUUGAAGCUUUUACAGUUUUACAUAUUCAUAUCUAGUGCCCUGCAGUUUGUGUAACCAAAGGUGGCAGUGGCUGCCUCUUUCUGUUGGAAUGGCACAGGUUACAGUAUGUCUUCAUACACUGCCAGCUAAGGUCCAAGUAGAGGAAUAUAAAACAACUAGGGCCUCUCUGCUCUAUUUCUUAACUUAAAAUUUAACAUGUAUAAUUUACUAAUGGAGAAGAGUAUAAAUUUUUUGAAAAGACAAGUGACUUUUUAAAAUGGUACCCAAUCUUUUUCUUUUAUUGAAAACAUUGAAGAAAAUGUUGCCAAAUGAAAAAAUUACCAAAUCCUCACCAUCCUGAUACAGUGACUUCAGAACUUUAAUUUCGUAUUUUUCUUUUCCCUUCUUUUGUUCACAUAAUUACAGUCUGAAGACACCUAUACUUUUUUAUUGACUAUUUUUUUAAUUUCAUCUUCUUUUACUAUUUGUAUUUAGUUUUGACAAUGAUUAUUUUAAUCAUAUUACUUCAGUUUGUUUAAACCAUUUCUCUAUUGCUGAAUACUUAGGUUAUUUUCAAUUUUAUUAGGGUAAGUUCCUGGGAGCAGGAUUAUUAAAUGGAAUAAUAGGAACAAUUUAAUUUUCCUUAAUGAGUUUGCCUUAUUGCUUUCCCAAAGAGUUGUAACAUUUUACAGUGUCAUCAUUUGAGUAUGUCAGUUCACUAAAAGUCUACAGCUUUGGGUGGGGGAUUUAUAUGUCGUUGCUCAUUUAGUAAGUUAUACAGGUUCAGAGUUGCUCUGAUUUGCCUUUGUGUGACUUUUUCACAUACUUUGUUCACUUAUGUAAAUAAAUGUCUUAAUUGUUUCUUUAUA